AUGCCGCCCCGCCCCGUCACCGGACCUCCUCCUCACCCCUCCUUCUUCCUCGCACGUCGCCCGCCCGAAGGCCCCGCCGUCGCCGGCCAUCGUCACCGCUCGGAUCGCCUUCCACCUCGCGUCUCCGACCUCGUCGCCCGCUUCUCCGACCUCCUCCCCGCGCCCCGCUGCCUAAGACCCUACGGCCCCGCCGUGAGCUCCGGCCUCCCUCCCUCUCUCCCCUGGUUCUCUGUCCACGGCCACCGCCGCCACCCGCCCGGCCGCGGCGCCCCGCCCGCGCGGCCCAGCUCCGGCCGCCGCUGCUUGCACGCCAUACUGCGCUGCUCCCCACCCCGCGCUGCAGCUCCGCACCAGCUCGUGCUUCCGGCGCCUCCCGCGUCCCGCAUCACUGGCUUCGGCCUCGCCCGCACUGGCCAUCCACCUCGCUCAAAGUCGGCGAUGCCCCGGCAGUCCCCGGCGCCGGCCGUUGUUACCGUCGCGUGCGUGAUGCCGGACGGCACCUGUAGGUCCAAACCGCAGGCCCGGAGACCCCCUGUGCCACGUUUCUGGCCGUCUCCGGCGAAGUGCCGCCACGGGAGAGGCUCGUAG